AUGCAGGGCAGAGUCACUGAAUUUUCUGUGACACAGAUCCAGAUUAUCAUCACGCUGUCCCUCAAGAUUCCAGUUCAUACAGAGGCUCUGGUCCAGGGGCCUCCUGAUCCUUGGACCCCUGGGCCUGUACCCGGUAGGCCCUUUCAGCAAUCCAUCCAGGUCUGCAACCUUUUACAGAGUGUUCUGUUUUUCAGACACAGUGCCGAGAGCCGGGCUGAUCUAAUCACGCGACAAAUCACUCAUGUCCUGAGUGCAGCCCACAGUAAACGCAGAGGACCUCCAGAAAUCUACGAGGUCAUGAAGAUCACCUACAUGGGCAUAGAGGCUCAUGACUCCUGCGAUUUUGACAUAAGCGUCCACUUUUGUGCAGCAGCUGACUUUAUCCACAGAGCUCUCAGCAGUGGAGGUAAGGUAUUGGUGCACUGUCAUGUAGGAGUAAGCCGUUCUGCGACCUUGGUCCUGGCUUACCUGAUGCUGAAGCAAAACCUGACUCUUGUGGAGGCUAUCUGUGCUGUGAAAGAUAAACGGGGCAUCAUCCCUAAUCGAGGUUUCCUCCGACAACUCAUCAAACUGAAUGGCCAGCUUUUUGGCAUGCUUCACUGAACCCUGUCUGAAACUAUAGCAUCACUGUUCAGCUUGCAUGGGGCCUAAAGUAAAAAUAUACUAUACAUAGAUACAGUAGCCCAGACAUUCUCCACAAUGUUGAGAAUAUGAGAUGCAGUGAUUGCAUUCAAAAUGUAAAC